AUGUAUUCUUAUACUAUUAAUUGGCCAUCCGUUGAUGGUAGUAUUAAAUCCAUUCAAAUUACUGGUAAUUUCGAUAAUUGGUCUAGAUCAAUUCCUGCAAAGACAGAUUUAGAUCAUGGUUAUAGCCAAGAAAUUAAAGUUGCUGAUAAACAAAAUAUUGUAUUCAAAUUUAUCAUUAAUGAUAAUGAUUGGAUUACUAAUGAACAAUUCAAAAUUGAAACUGAUGAAAGUGGUAACUCAAAUAAUAUAAUUGAAGCUGAUGAAUUGAUUGAAGAACAACCAGAACAAGAACAAACAAAGGAAGCGGCAAUUGUUGAAGAACAACCAAAGGAAGCUGCAAUUGUUGAAGAUCAACCAAAAGAAGCUGCAAUUGUUGAAGAACAACCUGAAGAACAGCCAGAAGAAGAAUUUGUUGAGCCAGAAGUUGAAGAAGAAGAAGAACCAGAAGAAGAGCCAGCUGCUGAAGCUAUCAAAGAAGCUCCAGUUGUUGUUGAAACUCCAGAAAUUGAAGAACCAGUUCAAAUUGAUUCAAUCAAAUCUCCAAAAUCUUUUGCUACUGAAGAAGACAUCCUUUCCGAUUUUGAUGAUAAAGUAGCUCCAAUCUCUGCUCUUGGUGCCGCCGGCGUCACUGCAACAGCUGCUGUUGCUGCUCCACAACACUUAUCUCAAGUGUUAACUUCCUCCUCUUCAUUUGCUGCAGUUUCAUUACCUCCAUCUUCUUCUGAAUAUGAAAAUGUCCAUCCCGAAGAAGAAGAAGAACAACCAGAACAACUAGUAGAAGAUCAAGAAUCAAAUGUCCCACCAACUACAAAAUCAUCUGCUGAUAAGAAUAAUGAUGAAUUCACAUUAUCUUCAAAUACUCCAGCCACAACCACCACCCGUCCAGUUUCUUCAAUUCAAGAUGUUAAACCAGCCUUACUUUCCAAAACUUCCGAAUCUACCCUUCAAGCUAAAGUUGAAGAUAAGACUACUUCUUCUUCUGGUGAUUUUAAGAUUCCAGGUGGAUAUCCAACUAGUCCAGAAGUUGGAUCGGCUGCUUCUUCAACUACUGCCGCAAGUCCAAAGAAGGAAAAAACUGCAGUUAGUAAAAGAGGUAAUCUUAUUUCAAGAUUUAAGAGCUUAUUCAGAUGA